UAUUUUGGUGGCAGCAGGCAGCCCGCAGGAACCCGUGGAGGCAAGUCCAAGAAAGGUGGAGACUCCUGGUUAACUUCCUGCACAAUAAUCUUGAAGCACCACCAAGAGAGAACUCGGGAGGCUGCUGCUGCUGCUGCUGGGGCAGGGACGAAUGGAUAUACGGCUCACUUGACUUCUUUUUCGGUUGAGAGUCGACAAAAAGCACUUUGUGGUUGAUUAUACACAUCUACCUGGCUAGUAGCUAGCUAGCAGUGAGGCUGCUGGAGAAGAGAUUCCCAACAUUUGAUUGCGAGGCGGUGUGAAGGACAGGAAUGGAGGUCGUGGUGGAGUUUGAGUACGAGGCGCUUCAUGAUGACGAGCUGACCCUGCGACUGGGCGACAUCAUCAAGAACGUGCGGUAUAUAGAGGAGGACGGCUGGAUGGAGGGAGACCUCAAUGGGAAACGAGGCCUCUUCCCCGACAACUUUGUUAAGGAAUUGAAGAAGGAGUCCAAAGAGGUCAAGGAAACAAAGAGUGAGCCAAAAGAGGAGACCUCUCAACCUUCAAGGAGAGAGAAGAGUGCAGGGAACGUGGCCAACCUGGUGCAGAGGAUGAGCACUAUUGGCAUCCCGACCGGUGCCUUCCAGCCUCAGCCUCCACCAGCUGCAAAGAAGCCUAAGAGGAGACAGUGCAAGGUGCUGUUUGACUAUCAGCCAGUGAACGAUGAUGAGCUGGAGCUGAAAGUCGGAGACAUCGUAGACAUCAUUGAAGAGGUUGAGGAGGGCUGGUGGAGCGGCACCUUGGCCGGGAAGUCUGGACUGUUUCCCUCCAACUUUGUCAAAGAGAUGGAUGCCGCUGGUGAGGAGGGAGAGUCCAACGACACGGCAGCAGACGAGACCGAUGGAAGUGGAAUAGAAAGCACCGCCACCCCCACAUCCCCCCAGCCUGCCUCAGGGAACGGAGUUAUAGCUCAGCCCAAGAAGAUCAGGGGUGUCGGCUUUGGUGACAUCUUCAGAGAAGGGUCGGUCAAACUAAAGGUCCGACUGCCAAGCCCUGAAACAGAGGAAAAAAAGGAGAGACCUAUCCAAUCAUUACCAUCUGCUGCAAAGCCCGCCCAUCCCAACAUGACAGAGUCGCAGAGAACAGACGGAGACAGCAAAUCCAAAGCAAAAGAGUACUGUAAGGUCACGUUUGCUUUCGACGCUACGAACGAGGAUGAGCUGAGCCUGAAAGAGGGUGAUAUCAUCCACAUCCUGAGCAAGGACACAGGGGAGCCCGGCUGGUGGCGAGGGGAAAUCGGGGGCAAAGAAGGAGUCUUUCCUGACAACUUUGUCGUGCAGUCUGAACCAGAGAAAGAGGUGAUAUCAGAGAAUGAAACUCCCACGUCAAGGGGCUCAGUGAAAUCAUCACCUAAGCAGGAAUUGGAAGAGAAGCCGAAGAAGCCACCUCCGCCAUCAAAAAGCAUAGCCCUCAAGCCGGACGUUCCCAGUGCAGACAAGAAGCCUCAUCACAUCAGGACGGAGGACAGAGUUGACAGGCCUCCGCCAGAUCACAAACCAUCCAAGCCUGCAGCGCCGGUGGUCCCGCCCAAGAAGCCGAUCCCCCCUCCUGGAAAAGGCAGACCGGGUAGCCUCCCACCAAAGAGGCCUGACAAGCCUCUCGCUCCCUCGCCAAACCUCAAACACAAUGGAGAGGUGCCUUCCACACGACCAAAGUCCGACUUCGAGCCAUUAUUGCCCACCAAACCCAAAACACUGUCUGGGGACUGGGGGGAGAAGUCUUCGGAUAUGGAUCUGAUGAGUUUUGAUGAGUUGUCGUCUACCUCGGAGAAGCUCUCUCACCCCACUGUAAACAGACCAAAGAUGCCUGGCAGGAGGCUGCCCGCCCAGUUUGGUGGAGGACACUCGCCCAACAAGGAAGUGAGCGUGGAGAAAUCCCUCAAGGUCGAUGAAGAGGACGCAGCCAAACCAAAGCUAGCAGAAACCAGAAAGCCUUCCACAAACACCUUAUCCCAUUCACCGUCACUCCACAAGCCCGCCGCGGUCAGCACCGAGGCCAAGCCGAGCCCCGCGUCAGCCCCAAGCUCAGACGGCGCGCUGCUGGGUGGCAAGGCCCGGCUGGAGCCUGAAGAGUCCAGCUCCCAGCUGGAUGAGCUGAGGAGCCAGAUGAAGGAGCUGCUGCUGUCUGUGGAGCUGCUCAAGGCCCAGCAAAUGAAAGAGAUCGCGGAGCUCCGAGGAGAGCUGGAUGAGGAGAAGCUGAAGCGUGUGGCCCUGCAGGUGGAGAUAGAAAAGCUAAAGCGGACCGUUCACUCGACGUGAAGCCUGCGCUUCAAUCAACAGCAAGCCUCAAGGUCACCUGCUGGCCUGUCGACCAACCAGAGAGCAGGAGGGCGGUGACGGACGGAGAGAAGGUGGGGAAUCAGAUGAACCACCUCGAGCACAAUCCUUUUCCAGUGAUCUACAAAAAUAAACUCUCCCCAUCUUUGUAAGAUUUACAUUUUGCACAUAUAAUUUUUUUUCAAGCUAGAUGUAAUUAAGUUACAGAUGUAUAUGUUUCUCUUUAUUACUUUUUUCUUUUUUUUAUUUUGCCAACACACACAAAAAAAAACUGAGGCCUUACUUCAAACUACUGCGCCGGACAACUCUGCCGCUCACGCUCUCUCCCCUUCACUCUGGCGUUCCUUGAACUCCUCAGGGAGGAGGUUCGCUCUCAGUACUACUGACUUUGUAUGAAGCAGGCGGCGCUCGUUUUUCCUCUCCCCGUUUCCUUUCUCAGAUUUUUUUUAGGACGCGCAGAUAGUUUAAUUUUAAAAAUGAGAAAAUGUUUGGUUUCGUUUAACACCUUUUGAUCUUUUACACGGCGCCCGUCAGCGACACUCCACUCCAUGGCUGUAGCGCUUCAGAGAGAGCUCUGCUUUCACUUCUCCUUGUCUUUUAUAUGGUUUCUAGCAUUCCUAUCCAGGGUAACACUACUGUGCCUGUUAAAAACAAAACUAUGUCAAGAGUUUGUAAUGGGAGCUUGCAGCGGCAUGAAAAAGUUCGAGUACUCCUGGUCAAAAUUUGCGUUCCUGUGAAAAGCUAAGGGAGUAAACGCUGAGCUGAUUUCAGAAAGGCAUGAAGAUGAGACAUUUCUUCAAUAUUUCAUGGGAGAUUUUUUUUUUCUUUCUGCAUUUUACAGUUUCAAAAUAACAAAAAAGGAAAAACAGCCUGAAGCAAAAGUUUUUACCCCCUGCAUGGUCGGUACUUAGUCAUACCCCCUCUUGUAGCAGCUUCUUGCAGCCAGCUAAGAGUCUUUCAGGAUUUUUUUUGCUGGCUUUUCGCCCAUUCUUCCUUUCAGAAGGCUUCUGCUCCUCUGAGAUUCUCGGGCAGUCUUUCAUGCACUGCUCUUUGAGGUCGAGUCACAGAUUUCCAGUGAUGAGGGCCGCUGUGGGUUUUGAAGUGUAUUUAGCAUCGUCGUCCUGUAGUUCCUCCAGUUUCCUUUCAUCUUCAGCAUUUUUUUUAGACUGUGUGACACUUGAUUGCAGAAUUUGUUGGAAUUUAAUUGUUCCCUGAGCCCAAGGCUGCAACAGGCCCAAAGCAUGAAUGAUCCACCCUGUUGUUUCAGGAAAUUCUGCACUUGUUUUUCCUCAAACAGGUUUUUGCUCGUUGUAGUCAGGAAGUUGUAUUUUAGCUUCGUUAGUUCACAGGACGCGUUUCCAGAAUCAGGCUCGUUCGGCUGCUCCCUGUCAAACCUCUGAUGCUUGGUUUGACGGUGAGGACGCGGGGAAGCUUUUCUUCUGAUGACUUUUCCAUCAGGCUCGUAUUUGUGCAGGUGUCACUGCGCAGUAGAGCAGUCCACACUUUUAAAACGUUGAAAAGAAUGUUUAAUAUCUCACUUUACAGCUUUUGCAAAACAGUUCACCCUCUAUCACUUCUAACUAUUCGCACAAACAGAAAUUUUGACAGAGGCGCCCGAACUUUUUCAUGCCACUCUACAUGAAUGGUGUCUGGAAAUUUCGCAGCAUGAUAUUGUAUAUCUAUAUUUUUUAAGUCUACUGACAUGCCUAGUCAAAUACUAUAUAGAGGGCCUCUUCUAUGCUGGUCUCUUCUAUUUUUGUCAAACUGUCUCACACGCUGGGAAUGUUCUAAAAGGUUUAUCCAGAGUUAUAAUCUGCAGGUAAUGCAGACAGACUCCACAUGCAAAAAAAAAAAUAAUAAAAAACUGCAGAGAAGAGAAAGGAAGGAGAGCCUGCAGUCUUUCAUCAACAAGGUUGCUGACCAGCGCAUUGGCAGCCUGAUCCAUCCCUCCCAUCCCCAUUCUACUACUUCUCCUUUCUUUCAUCCCUCUUUGAUUCAAAGUGAAUCAUACGAUCUGAGAGAAGCCUCGUCUUUCUGCUCUGUGAUGUGUUAUGCAUGAGCCUGCACAGCACUCAUCAGCUCUGUCCUUAUUGUACAUGUCUGUCCUGCAGUCUGCAUAUCUUCCCACAUUCCAAGUACGUUAAGCUAACUGGAAGCACAGAGUAGAGAGUAGCAAUAAUAACAGAAUUAACUCGCAUUCUCUUUAUCUGAACUCUGUUUAAGGAGCACAGAGUGAAGACCCCAAUUAAUCUCAUAAUAUAAUCCUACAAAUUAUACUCUCAGUGGAAAUAUUUGUGUUUUUGUAGCCACGUUUGCAUCAGAGAAAUCACUAUCAGUCUGCCAGGUGAUCGGUCGAUCCACCAUUUUUGGUCCAGACCGAAAUAUGGAUGGACUGCCGAAACAUUUUAUGGUCAUUCAUCUCAGAGGAUGAACCCUACUGAUGUUGGUGAUCCUGGCUUUAUGUUGAGUGCCACCACUAGGUUUAAAUCUUCCCUUAACACCAGGCUGAAAUGCAGCAUUUCUCUGCCCUCUCUGAUUGAAACUGAAGUGUGUUUCACCUCUGACCACACGCAGCUGGGUAACCUCACCCAUCUGUGAUGUCACGGUGUACACGCCCACCCUGCUGUACGCCACGACAUCACUGCAGCAAGGUGAGAAGCACUGGGGGUCAGCACGAUUCUCAGGCAUGAUCAGCGUCAGCUGUACUCAGCAUGUUGCUAUUAUUGCCUGAGCGAUACUGGAUUUUUAAUGCUGAUAUUAAUAUGCUAGAGUUUAUCAAAAUCUGGUAAUAUAUUGACCAGUGUAAUUGUUUUAAUACAAACACAUGGCCUAAACAUUUUGGAUCAGGUCGCCAGCCCCCGAGUUAUGACGUUCUCUGAGUCAGACAUUUUACAAAUAACCUUGUAAGAGUUGCCUGCACACAAAAAACUUGCUGUUUCAAAACACAUGGUCCUCGUCAUGUGUUAGCAUUUAGCUCAAAGCACGUAGUACAGAGCUGCUAGCAUGGCUGCCUCUCGUUUGAUGCUACCAUGUGUUAAGAUGCUACACAGAGGGGCUUUAAGAAGACGCUCGUAUGCAGAAAAGGAAAGGAUCACUUACAGACUGUGCAUUGCUCUUUUGGUUUUCUCUCAGAAGCAGAACUGCUGCCGCCUCUCUGGAUGCGAACAUGUUUUUAAUAUCCAGGAAGUGAAUAGUUGUCUGUGCUCGCGGCUACAGAAACCUACAGCACGAUGUGAGUCAGCCUCAGUCGGCUCCGACCUGUAGCCAUGAGCUCUGAAUGUACAGUGUGUGGUUCUGUGCUGAUGAGCGGCUUAUCUCAGCAUACUUUAGAGAAGCACAGUACCAAGCGUGACCCCCCCCCCCCCGGCUUCGAUGCGGGUUGGAGGAAUGUUUCAGCCCCCACGAUUUGGUCCUAAUAUUUACAGCAGGUUUCAUUUCCAAGUCAAAUGUUGUAUAACUGUCUCACAUCUACUACUGUGUACAAAUACAAGUACUGGUUACUGUUAUUCCUUUUUUUAUUUUAAAUAUCUUUAUACAUAUCUCACAAAUGUCUUAAAAAGUGUUACUUUGCUUUUAAAUCAUCCUCAGGCUUCGUUGCAUGUGUUCGAUGUGUGUGUGCAUGCUCUUGCUGGUGUCCCCUCGCAAACAUUCAAGUGCAACAGCGUCCAUGAUGCUAGAUUCUGAACUACAGAGUGCUUUGACCAAGUCGAUACUGUAUUACCUGACCUUAACGCGCAUGGCACUCGUGCAACAUGUUGAUGCCUACCAUAACACAAACUUCCUUUUAGCACAGCAGCUCUUUAACAGUACGGCUGGGCAAUGAAAUAAUCACAAUGUGGGGAAGCGGGACCGGGGGUUCGGGUGACAGCUCUUCAUGUUAUAUCUGUAAUGCGGCUUAACUUCCACAUAUUGUACAUUCCAGAGUUUGACACCAAGAAAAGAAGAAAUCUGUGCACAUUUAUAACAUAUUUUCAAGUGAUUUUGUUUACAAGAGCUGUAUCCUUGCAUGAGUUGAGAUUCUUCUCAAAAAUGAAUAAAUAUCUUUAUUUACUGUCA